AUGGAGGCAAGGUUGUGGGCUAGCCACCUCAGAUGUAAAGGGGAAGAUCACGGGGCAGCCACCUCAGAUCUAAAUGCCGACGACGAUGUAGAGAGGGAGAGGGACGCAGAGGAUGAAGAAUGGAGGAUGGGGUGCCGAAUUUUACGACAGAGCCGACUGUCAUAG